CUUCCCGGAAGUUUACAUAUGAUGCUAUACUGCAGUCAGUGUAGAUUCCCACUGGCAAGUCUGCUAUCUGUAUAAGUAAUGUAAUGGACCUUUACAUGCUCUUCGCUUUUAUUUGACUCAAAUAAAUGGAUUCGUCGUAUAUCGCAUAUAAGUUCACUUGUAUGCUGCUACUUUACGCGGUGUUUUUAAAAAGUUUCUUCCCUAUACGAAACGGCUUACCAGGGUUUUCUGAAAAGUCAGACUUCUCAUUCGAGAUUUUCAACAACAAUGUCUCCUUCUAUCCAGAAAUGCACUCUACUUUAAAACAACCAGUGUUUAAGAAAAUGGUAUUUAUCUUGAUCGAUGCGUUGAGAGCAGACUUUGUUUUCAACAAACAAUCGCCUAUGACCAGCUUGCAAGACUUGUGGACAAAAGGAAAGCUCAUCAGAUACAUCGCCAGAGUUCACCCUCCUACGGUCACCUUACCGAGAAUCAAAGCAUUGACAACUGGCAGUAUCCCUGGGUUUGUUGACGUGGUGCUGAAUUUUGGCUCCUCCGAACUGCACGAAGACAACAUAAUUGACCAGAUGAAGAGAGCAGGGAAGAGGGUGAUGUUCUACGGCGAUGACACAUGGAUAAAAUUGUUUCCUCAUCACUUUGUAGAGUCUGAUGGUACCACAUCCUUCUUUGUAACAGAUUAUACAGAGGUUGAUAAUAAUGUCACUCGACAUGUGUUGCCGGCCCUACAAGCUGGUCAGUUUGACGUCCUGAUACUACAUUACCUUGGUCUUGACCAUAUCGGUCAUCUGGCAGGUCCUACAAGUUCUCUGGUUCCUCCCAAACUUCGAGAGAUGGACUCAAUAAUCAGGGAUAUCUAUCAGCAUGUGGAACAGAAUACAGAAGUGGACACCCUUAUAGUUGUGUGUGGGGACCAUGGAAUGAGUGAUCAGGGGGGCCAUGGAGGGGCCACACCAAGUGAGACCAGGGUUCCCCUCCUCCUCCUCAGCCCAAGGUUUACACAUCACACAGAUGAGGGAACACAAGAAGUUGAUCAAGUAGAUGUACCCCCGACACUGUCUGUGUUACUGGAUUUACCGAUACCCAGGAAUAAUCUCGGGCUGAUCAUUGACGACGCCCUGGAGGGGUUCUCUACGGAGGAGAAGGUUAUGUUGCUUUGGAAGAAUGCACUUCAAGUAUCUAAAGUGUUGAAGUAUAACAACCCAGACUGUGACAUAGAUGAAGGUUACGUUGAGUUUCAAAGACUGUCAAAGGCUCAUCAUGAUUGGCUGAUGUCCAGGACCAGUGGAAUGUCAAACUCUGAUUGGCUGGCUGAAGGAGACAAGAUUGGGAGGCGUUACAUCAAGGCAAUCAACAUUAUGUCGGAGAAUAUCUCAUCUUCCCUCAUACAGUAUGACAUUUACAGCCUCAUAGUAGCCGUGGUAACCCAAUGGCUGAUACUGGCAACAUUGGGGCUAGAUCUCUACCUCUCUCCAUCCCCCAAGGGAAGAAGCCUAUCCAACACCAUUGUUUUGAGCAUUCCUGUCACCUUGACAAUAUUGCUUGGACAUGUAAUGGUCUGCACCACUUCUUCGUCUGGUCAGCUGUGUCGCACUGACCCUUCUGGAUUGCUUCUGCAGAGCCUCAUCCUCUCUGUAGUUUGUGGGUCAGCAGCCGAACUAGUGGUCAUCUUUGUCUGGUUUUGGUCUACCAGAAAAACAAAGGUGGGUCCCUCUGGUCAAUGGGGGGUGUCCUGUCCCCUGGGUGUUGGCCUGACCCUGGGGACAGUUAGCCACACCCUGAGUCUGCUGUCCAGUAGUUACGUGGAAGAAGAACACCAGACCUGGUAUUACUACACAGUGACAGUACACCUGGCAAUAGUGGUGCUCAUCCUCCGUACAUGCUCAUCAGGUGUUGUCACCACACACAGACCCGUACAACAACCAGACCCAACACAGUAUCAGGACCUGCCUGAUGACAAAUACAGCACAAACCACAGAGAAAUAGAGCAGAAAUACAGCAAUGAUUACAAAGAUACAGGACAUAUAGACAGACAUAAGGAAAAAGAAAGAACAGAUAAAGAUUUAGAGCAGGUGAAGGGUUUACAUGGUCAUCCAGUGAUGGCGGCCAUAUUGGUUUUAGUCUUGUGUAGGGUGUUGAGGACAUGGAAUCAGACAGGAAAUAAAUGGCUGGAGAUACCAGAUGUGGGGGACUGGCUUAUCAGAUCAGAAAACAAGUGUGUCCUGUCAGUGUUGGUGGGUGGUGCUCUGAGUGUGGUUGCCAUGGUGAAGUGGGCGGGGCAGUCCUGUAUACAGAGGUUCCUGUUUGUGUUGGGGCUGUGCUUUAUUUACUGGUAUCGAGUGAGCACAGGAGCCGUUGACAACCCUUUCCAGCUGCUCUCAACUCACAAAGGGACUUGGCUGGCCCAGCUGGUGUUUGUGUGUAUAGGCUUGUGUAUGCUACACCCUUUAAUCGCAUCACUCCUCCGAGGUUUACAGACAGAAAGAAAACCAAAUCCAGAUGAGGCUAUUAGUUUCUGUGUGUCAGUACAGUCCGGCUGUAUCCUCCUAGUCCUGUUACUAAGUAAACCCCACAAUGUGGCCAUGUUUGUGAUGGUUGUGAUCCAGGAACACUUGAUAGAUAGUGUGGUGUUACGACACAUCUUACUGUCACCCACAACUGUCACACUCUACUACCUGUGGAUGGGCAUGGCCGCUUUCUUCUACCAGGGGAACUCCAACAGUAUAUCCACCGUGGAUGUUUCUGCAGGCUACACCGGACUGACAGACUACCAGCCUGUCCUAGUCGGUUUACUCAUUGCGUUGUCUACAUAUGGCGGUCCAGUGUUCUGGCUGGUCAGCUUGGUCAAACAUUUGACGGCUACAGUGGACAUCAACCAUAUAUCAUUCUAUACCAGGUUGAGGAUAUUGAUAGAAGCAGUGUGUGGUACUCUGUGCUGGUCGCGGGCCCUUCCCCUGGCGGUGUACUCUGGCCUCGUGACACUACAGAGACACCAUCUGUUUGUAUGGACAGUUUUCUCACCCAAACUCCUGUAUGAGGGAGUCCUCACUAUUCUCCUUGCAGCAUUCUCUAUAUCAUGUUUAUUUUUAGUAAAAAUGAAAAUUUAAUGCUGAAAUACUUUGCCUUCUUUUUUUUUUUUUGCAAAAACAUUUAAAUUAAAAAUGAAGACAUAUUCUUUAGCAUUGUUCCUAGCACUUAAAUUGAUAGGCUUCUCUUUGAAAGAAUUACCUCAGCUUUGAACAAAGAUAUUUUAGGUUCAAGAAAUACUUUUCAUUCUAGUAAUAAAGUUGUAAUUACAUCUAAUAAUUCUAUUGUUUAGGGGGAGGGGGUUGUUUUACGCACCUAUUGAUCUCAAACCUUGGAUGUUUAUAACAAGUACAAUAUCCUGUUUACAAAAUAUCAACAAUUUCUUCAAAUCAUUGGAUGAUAUUUAUUUUUCUCCAAUAUUUACAAUCUAGAUCCAUGUACAUUUAAUGUAAAAGUUACAAAGUAGCACAAAAGUAUACCUGUAUAUUCAACCUCUAACAUGUUCCAUUAAAUAUUAGAAAUGUACAAAUUAAGUUAAACUUCUGAUACAUUAACAAGGGAAUCCAACUACAUAAGAUGUACCUGGCAGUAGUGUAAAACAAUUUAUUGUUGUAAUACAUGUAUAUAAACGGCACAAAAAGAAUCAAACGAUUAAUUAAGUAUUAUUACGUACAUAAUUGUAGAGAAUAUUUUCUUUAUAGAUAUCUGCGUUUGAUGAUCAACAACCAAAUACAAUUGCUAAAUUAUUUACUUAGAGAAAUCUGAUGCUGGGCACAAAUUUAGUGUUAACUUUCUGCUACAGUAACAAGAUCUCGGCAAAGUUGUUCAAGCCCCAUGAGAAUAAGCAUGAGAAUGGGUUUAUAUAAACAGGACCUGGUUAAUAAUCGGUUUUAUAUAUACAUAAAAUAUCCAAGGUAAUAAAAUGUUAUUUUUGUGGAUAUGAAAUUCCUCAUCUUCAGGACCAAAUUUCUUUUCACUCGCUCUACUCAUCGAGGUGUGAAGUGUACACAAAGAAACAAUAUGCAAGUAUUAAAGUAUUCAUAUGGGAUAAAUUCUCACUAUAAAAAAAUCCCCUAACAAUAUACAUAAAUAAGACACUUGAUUUAAUAAUUCUGAUGAACAUCUUGAUACUCUUGUUAUCAGGAAGGGAAUUUCUGUCAAGGUGAGAAAACCUGUUUUAAAUUUUAUACGCAACACUGAAUUACAUGUAUGAACAAAAUCAUUUGUUGUUGGUAACUUAUUGGUGAAGGAAACAGUUUGUAUUGACUUGACAUGAAAAUUAAUGUCCGACUAGGGUUGAACACAAGUUCGUACAAUAUAUGCAGCUAACAAAAAAACAAAAAAGCACAAGACAAACUGCCAUGAAAAGCUGAAUCAGAUAAUUGUUUUUGCAAACUAUAAAAAAAACCUGCAGCAAUGCUUCCAUAAAUAUAACAAGAGGCCCAUGGGCCUAAACGGUCACCUGAG